AUGUCUUCCUUCAAGGCCUACGGGAAAGUCAAUGAAGCCGAACAAGAGAGGCUCUUGGCUCGUCGGAAAACCAGAAGAAGAAUUACCAUCAUAAGCUUAUCCUCAAUCAUCCUCGUUGCUGUUAUAGUGGCUGCUGUUGUUGGCACUACUACCAAUUCAGGGGGGAAGUCCAAGAAUGCUGGAAAUUCGGUUUCUACUUCCAUCAAAGCGGUAUGUGAUGUUACCCUCUAUCCAGACUCAUGUUAUAAUAGUCUUGCACCUAUGGUUAAGUCAAGCCAGCUUAAACCUGAAGAUCUCUUCAACAUGUCCAUGGAAGUGGCCUUGAAUGAGCUGCACAGAACUUUUCAGCGCUUCUCCGAGCAUGAAGGCUUCAAGGGCAUCACUGACAAAAUGUUGGCUGGGGCUCUCGACGAUUGUUAUGAGCUUCUUGACCUAGCUAUUGAUAAUCUCAACAGCUCACUGUCCUCUAGCUUGGACAAUUUCGAUGAUCUCAAGACAUGGUUAAGUGCUGCAGGUACUUACCAAGAGACUUGCAUAAAUGGCUUUGAGUCUGGAAAUUUAAGGAGUAGUGUUCUUGAGUUCCUGAAGAACUCCACCGAGUUCUCUAGCAAUAGCCUUGCCAUCAUCACCGAGAUAUCGAAGCUCGCAGGCUCCAUCAGUUCCCGGCGAUUAAUGGGUUUGCCUGAGGAUAAAGUUCCAAAAUGGUUAUCUGCAAAAGAUCGGAAGCUACUUCAAAGUUCAAGUACUUUGAAAAAGAAGGCUGAUGCUGUAGUCGCAACAGAUGGCUCAGGGAAGUACAAGACAAUUAGUGAAGCCCUGAAGGCUGUCCCUGAUAAGAGCAAGAAGAGCUUUGUAAUCUAUGUCAAGAAAGGGGUUUACAAUGAAAAUGUAAGGGUCGAGAAGUCGAAAUGGAAUGUUUUGAUGAUAGGUGAUGGAAUGAAUAAAACGGUGGUAUCAGGUAAACUGAACUUUGUUGAUGGAACUCCAACAUUCUCAACAGCAACAUUUGCCGUAUUUGGAAAAGGAUUUGUUGCAAGAGAAAUGGGAUUUCGAAACACUGCUGGUGCAAUCAAGCACCAGGCCGUAGCGCUGAUGUCAAGUGCCGACCAGACCGUGUUUUACCGCUGUCUCAUAGAUGCCUUUCAGGACUCUCUCUACGCCCAUUCCCACCGCCAAUUCUACCGUGAGUGUGACAUCUAUGGAACAGUAGAUUUCAUCUUUGGAAAUUCAGCAGUUGUGUUCCAAAACUGCAACAUACUGCCCAAGCAACCCAUGCCUGGCCAGCAGAACACUAUCACAGCGCAAGGGAAGAAUGACCCUAACCAAAAUACAGGGAUUGCUAUACAGAAUUGCACCAUUCUACCGUCAGCAGACUUGAGCUCUGUCAAGACUUACCUUGGACGGCCUUGGAAGAAUUACUCAACAACUGUAUACAUGCAUUCAAUGAUGGGGAGCUUGAUUGACCCAGCGGGCUGGUUACCAUGGACAGGCACAACAGCCCCAAACACCAUUUUUUACUCUGAAUUUCAGAAUUUCGGACCUGGUUCCUCCACGAAGAAUAGAGUUAAGUGGAAGGGAUUGAGAAAUAUCACCCAGAAAGAAGCUAGUAAAUUUACAGUCAAGUCAUUCAUUGAUGGGAGCAAGUGGAUCUCGGAUGCUGGUGUUAGCUUCAAACCCGGGCUGUGA